UUUUGUUUCGUCACCAGCUUUGAUCUCUUUUCAGUAUGUUUCUGAUCUCAUUAAUCUAACAGAAUUCAUAGCGUGACUUUUUCGACCACACCUCCCCUCAAUAUUCCCAAACACUGAGCGUGACCCGAAGUCAUCUCCAACAGCCUUCCAAAAUUGGAUAUUCCCUUGAAAACUCUGUAUUUCUUUCCAAGGAGAAUGGAGACCGUUUCAGGGAUACCUCUGGUCGACUUUUCUGCCAUGAGCGUUGAACACGAAAUGGUAUCAUCAUAUUCAGAUGACCAAGUGCAAGAGAUAGCGAGGCAGAUCCACCAAGCUUUCAGCACUGUUGGAUUUGUUUACCUAAAAAAUCAUGGAAUCUCGCAAAACACGGUGAGGAAGCACUUCUUAAGGGUUCAAUUUUUGCAGAAAUGUGAUUUUCCCGAAAAAUUUUACAGGAAAUGAUAAUGAUAACACAAAUCUGGAGAAAAAAUAUUAAAAGACUAGCACAAGACACAUACGGUCCCGGUUCUGCUCUACCAAUACAGAUAAUUUGUGAGAAAGCAUAUUGAUGUUGAUAAAGCCUCUUGCCUCCGCAGCCAAAGAAUUACACUGAUGCUGAAUAAUGAAGACGUGUUUACCUGAAUUAUCGUUUAAUCUUGGGCCCAUUUUUGCACCACAAACUGCAGCUGUUCAUGAAAUCCUUGUAUGUGUUUUCCUAAUACAGGUCGAUGGAACGUUCGCUGUCAUGGACAAAUUUUUUACACUUAGUAAAAACCUCAAAAACAAGUAUGGAAAGAAGGGCGAGUUGGACUCAAAUGGAUGGGAAGCUUUGGGAAGAGAAAUGUUAGUAAAAAUGUUUUAUAUGACGCGGAGAUCAUCAAAUUAGCACCUGUUAUGCAGCUAGAGCCAGUUCUCAAUCCUUGAGAAGGGGCAUGGGGUAGGGAAGGGACGCCGAGACUGAAAUCUAUUUAAGAGGUAUUGUUUAUUUUGAUGCACAUUGAGAUAAAAAUUUUGAUAACCAUACAGAAGGCGAACUACGGAAACUAUACAGAACAUAAACAGCACUUAACUGAUUAAAUCACCAAAAGAAAAAACACACACAUACACAAUCCAAAUUUGAGGGAUCAGGAACAAAGAUCAGCUACUAAUAAAUCCUAUCUAAUCUAGAUACACUUUGUGUCAAUUUCUUAGGAAUCUAACCUCUAUAUUGAUUGCAAAAUAAUAGUGUUAAUUAGAUUAGUGAUACAGCACUUAUCAGUUAUAUAUUUGAUUAUAAAUUCAAUUUGAUACAUUUUUAUGCAAUUCUAAUCAAUAUCUGCCUGCUUCUUGCCAGCACUGACCCAACAAAGCCAGGUGACCUGAAAGAAUCUUUCGAUAUCAGUGCUUUUGACGACAAGAGAUUUGUAAGUGCAACCCUUUGAUAAUUAAUUUGUACAGAUUAAACCAAACAAUAUCAAUAAAAUCAGGUCUCCUGGAAAUUCAUUAAAACAAUCAUAAUUUCAGGUCAUUACAAUUUUUCACUUUUUCUAUCAUUUUAAUAAAAAAAUUAUAUUUGAGAUAUAAAUCAAACAAAAUUUAUGUUUUUAAUUUUUUCCUGUUACAGCGUUGGCCAACAGAAGUUCCAGAGCUCCAAUCAGCAGUUAAAAGCCUCUUUGAUCUUCUUAGUCGUCUUGGAGAUAGGGUGCUAAGUGCAAUGGCUAUUGGCCUUGGUUUGGUAAGCACUUGUACAGUCAAAUGAUUUUUUUAUAUUAGAUUUAAUUAUCAGAAACAUAAUGGUAUGCUUUUGAUUUCACCAAAGAAAUUAAUGAAUUAAAAGGGUAUAACUCUCUUCCAUGCUGAGACCAAAACAACAAGGUAUAACAGACACCCAGUCAUGAGACUGAGAAAUGAUAACAAAAUAACUUGUUCAUGAUCCCCAACUUUAAAGCUGUUUGCAAGGAAAGUUCAUUGUGUACACUUGUACUGGUGUUAAUUGUACUGAGUUCAAAAGAGGAAACGAUCAUUUCUUCUUCCAUAGAGUAUGCUUGGUUCAAAACUAUUUUGGGUUGUUCCACCAAAACAAAAUUGACAAAAGAAAGAUAUAGCUUUAAUCUUACUGCCCACUUGAGUUAUCAUACUUCUCUAAAAAAUUUCUGACCAAAUUCCAUGAAAAUAGCCCGCAGAUGUCUUUAAGAGUUACUACAAAGAUGUUGGAACACGCAAUGGAACAGCUCUUCUGCGCUUCAAUUAUUACCCAAGAAUAACUGACAUUAAACACAUAAAGCCUGGUCAAAUACGAUGUGGAGAGCACACCGACUAUGGUGGAAUAACUCUCCUUUUCCAGGAUGAUGCAGGAGGACUGGAGGUUAAGUAUUUAUAAAUGCCUCAGUUUGUUUUUAAAUUUGUUAUUUGAAUAUGAGAAUACAACUUGUGGAACUUUCAAUUUUGUCAUUGUUAGAGGUACUUCUCACUGUUGUUGUAUUUCAACCAAUCAAUAGGUUGUCAACAGAGAGAAGAAGUUUGUCCCUGCAACUCCAAUUCAGGGUACAAUACUUGUAAACAUUGCAGACUUGAUGCAAAGAUGGACUGCAGAUAAAUUUGUGUCAACGGUAAUAGACUAAUGUAUAUAGUGAAGUUUUGUCCCACAUGGGACCAUUGUGCCCUAGUGGGAAAGAAUGUUCAAGGUGCACUCGGAAGUUUUUGUAAAGGGGUUAAAUCUAAAGCUUCUGAAAAGCAUAUCUCCUAAUCAUGAGACUUGACUCUUCCUCCCUCUUAUUAUCAGUAUAGAAUUCAGAUCAUCACGUCAUCUUGUAUACAAAAUGUAGUUCUUAUAACCUACCAUAGGUUAGUACUAAUUUGAUUCACAGGCAUUGGUGAGGCUAACUGUUAUUUAGAGUAACACUGAAAAGUAUCUGAACCCAAAGAGUUCACCCCUCCAAACUGGGCUAGUCUCCUGAUUAAAAUUGUCUACAAUCCCCCCUCAAUUUUACAGGUUCACAGAGUCAUAAUUCCAGAGGAGGAGCUCAAGCGAAGCACCCCUAGACGUUCUGUUGCAUUCUUUUAUGAUCCUGACUGGAACGCUAAGAUUACUUGCUUGGAUGGUUCAAACAAAUAUCCACCAAUCAAAUGUAGCAAAUACGUCUCGCAAGUCAUGACAGGCACUUUCAGCUUCUAAUCAUUUUAAGAGAACAUUUUGUAAUUGUAAUUGACAAGUAAAGGUAUAACUAGGAAACACAUGUUUUUAAGUUGGCACUAAGUAGGAAUUAAAAGACUCGCCACCUUUCAAAUUAUAGCUACAAACAGGCCAGUCAAAAAAUAUCGUAAAUCAGUGAGAGUAGAUUAUUUAAGUUUCCAAUGAACUCCUUCACACAACUAUAUAGAAUCAACAUUAAUUAGGAGGAGAAUAUUAGGGGGGUUCUGAACACCACAAUUCCACAAAAAAAAUUGGCAAAUACUACAAUAUUGCAAAAAAAUCAUCAAAUACCACAAUACUUUAAGAACAAGUUGAACCUCCAUGUCAUGCAAAAACCAUUACUCUAUAUGUUACAUUUAGAGCAAAUAACACAGAAAUAACAAUUAAGAAUUUGUUAAUGAUUGUUAUGUCUGGUAAUUGUUAAUUUCAGCCCAUUUCCAAAACAGUUGGAAAAUGGAAAAGGUACAGAAAACAGUUGAUACUAUUGUACACAUUGCUGAAAAACCACAUCCCACAGUAUAGAGGAUACUGCAAUUCAAGACUAAAAAAUUACAGAAAUACCACAGGAAAAAUUGUCUAAUACUGCAAUACUGCAAACCCCAGUGUCCCCUUCAGUUAGUGAACAUUAUAAUACUCUUCUUGAAAGUCAAACCAUCCACUGUGUAUAUUAGAUAAAAUUUGACUUAAAACAUCUUGGUCCUUCAACUUUACUCAAAUCCUAAUUAGCU